CAGACUUCCUCAGUGUCAUUGACAGGCCAAGUUCUUCAAUCUUCUUUCUCUUUCUAUGACGAGAAACCAGAAACAGAGAGGCUAUUCUGAGACAUACAUGGAGGACAUAAAUCAGCAAACACAAUUUUGCAACUGUUUGGAUGUGGUCAAAUAACAGAAAAUUCUAAAAUCUUUACCACUUUGGGAGAAAGCAAUGCUUCCUUUCAACCUUGGGUUCUUGAAGAUUCAUGAGCCUAGAAGGCGAGACAGAGAAGAGUGUCUGGCUUUCAGAUUGAAGAUGCUGAGUUGAAAGGCCAAACAUGGGACACAAUGAUACAACUAGCUGGGAACUUUCUCUUAUCCUCAGCAUCACCAACCCUCUCUCCACAGUCAUCAUCCUAGCCAAUCUCCUCAUCAUCAUUGGUAUCAUCUGUAACAGAAAACUGCAUAACACUCCCAAUUAUUUUUUUCUAAGCUUACUGGUCGCUGAUGUGUGCACUGGCAUCGCUUUGCCGUUCAUCCCCAGCAUGAGCCUGGAGAGGCAAAUGGAUUUCCACACCUGUCUUCUGCUACAUACCUUCCCCAACUUUCUAUUUUUGUCUUUUCUCUUCAACCUGGUGAUGGUGCAUUAUGAACGUUACCUCUGCAUAGUCAACCCACUGCAAUACGGCAGCUUCUGGGCCCACCGUUUCUUUCUCUUGGCUCUGCUGGCUGUCUGGGUUCCACCGUUGCUGUAUGCCUCCUUGCCUGCUUUUGGGUGGAACAACAGGGCCGCCUUAAACAGCAGCCAGGAGAUAGAAGAUUGCUCCUACAGAAAUAUUUUUCCUCAUGAAUUCAUCUACCUGGAAGUGUAUGGACUCUUGAUCCCUGCAAUAUUCUCAAUUAUCUUCAUGACUGUGAGAGUACUAUGGAUUGCCAGGGAGAAAAUGAGAGACAUCUGCAAGCUGCACAGAGCUGUUGAUCGUGACCAGGCUUCAGAUAAAGAACACAGGAUGAAUGUGCGCUAUGCUAAGUGUGUAGCAGCUGUGUCUCUGACAUUUCUGAUCUGCUGGGUUCCCUACAUCAUUUAUGUGCAUGUUUCUCUUUUUUCCCUUUCACAAGGCCAAGUUAAGGUUGCAGACUCCACGACGCACAUUAUUCUGUCAUGCACUGGCAUAGGGAGCACAGCUAUCAUACCUGUCAUUCUGGGACUGGGAAAUCGGCAGUAUACUGAACCAAUCAGAAAAGUCUUUGAAAGGCUUAGGGACAGAUGGCAAAAGAGAUAAGUCAGUAAGGAUUCUUCCCUUUAGCCCUGAGUUUACCACAUCUCCUACAUGUGUACAACACUACAUUUCAAAUAUCUGGAGUAAUUGGAGUCAUGGCAAACGCAGAAAUUUCAUUCAUUUAUAGCCUGUAUCUACAACCUGAGCAAGUACUUUAUAAUGCAGAACCCCAAUGACUUGUACAAGUGAAUAGUAUGAUGGUACUGUAUGGCAUCAAUUUGUACAGGAAACACCCUCCUUCUAUUCAUUCUGCACAUUUAUAUGAAAUUAAAACAUAUCAUAUCAAACAUAUGAAAGGACAAACAUAUCAGAAUUGUUAGUUUACUUUCUAGCAACACAAACUAAUUCUUCCAUUGUCCUUUCAAUAUGAAUUUACACAAUUUACACAACUACUGUAUGAUGACAGGUUAAUAUAAAACUGUCAUGACUUCGAGGCGACCGUAACCUUUGCUACAAAGAAUGGAAUGAAAAUGGAGUGGUUGUGUUCAGAACCAAAUUGCACUUAACACCUCUCCAGCAGUGUUUGUCUUUGAAAAUCUUGUGUCACUAGCUUGUCGUUCUCCCAAGGGAAAAACAGAAAUGACAGUGUGAUCGAGGAGUUUUGAUAUGUUAAUUAACAAAAUACCUGUGUUUGGUUUGAUGUAAUUGAUCUUUUAAAAAUAUUAUUUGUAUUUGUAAAUGAGGUAUUAUAUUUAAAGCAUGUCACAGAGAUUGAAAUGCUGAAUAUUGUGAGACUGAAGUGAAAUAAUGGUAAUGGAGUUUUUGUUAGAAGUAUUUAUAAGGACAAUUUUAAUACAGAAGAGGAUGUAUUGUUUUAAAGGGUUAUGUGAGUCUUGAACAAGCUAUCUAAACAUGUUGUCAAAGCUUAUACCCUGGCUUCUAUCACAAAACUGGAUGAGAUCCUUGUUUCACUCAUCUAUUUGCCAGGAAGUGAGCUAGGAGGGCUAAACGAUGUGCUCUUCUUUAUAAUCUCAAGCAAAUCAAGUUCAAUGUUUAAGGAACAAUAAAAUAAAUUUGAAGGACCUAUGUUAGAGUCUAAUAAAAAAAACCUAACAAAAUUGGUGUCUAUAAAUAUAUAGUAUUGUAUAGUAUAGUAUUUCUAGGAUUGGUGUUUAUAAUUGCAUCCCCAAAGGUUUUAAGAACGUUGACCUGCUUUUUGAUGAUGUUUCAUUUAUUCAAUAAUAUAUGCUUAGACAAUUGGUUAUUGAAUGUGUACAAGUUACUAUAAUGUAUUAUGCAUGCCUGUGAUUUUAAAUUAAUGGAGUGUAUGACAACUGAGCCAAAAAAAAUGAAGAAAAAUAAUUUAAUUUAAUAAGUUAAUGAAAGAUCUGUAGGCUUCGUUUUAUGAUAAAAAUCAAUUUGGUGUUUAUUUAUCAGGUGUCAUUAAAGUGAAUGUUGGCAGCUCCUGAGACAUACAAUUUUCAGAUAGCUACUAUAAAUUAUAGAGUUUUUUAUAAUGAUGUCAUAUUUUAUGAUCUUUAUUAAACUUCAGUCCUUAAUAAAGUCAUUUUGAAAGCGUA